AUGGGCAGUAGAUGCUCAAGGAGAGCGCCAAGUCCAAUAACGUAUCCGAAGCUUUCUGAUUUCCUUAUCAUACGUUUCAUUGGUAGAGGUGCAUUCGGCAAGGUAUGCAUUGCACAAUAUCGUCGAACAAAAAAAUACUAUACAUUUAAAUGUAUAAAUAAAAGACGCUGUGUUCAGUAUAUGAUAACUGACAGCGUUCUACAUGAAUUAAAACUAUUAGCACAUUUAUCACAUCCUUUCAUUGUUAAUUUAUGGUUUACUUUUCAGGAUAAGCAUUAUAUGUAUAUGGUAAGCGAUUUACUAUUAGGUGGAAAUCUAAGAUAUCAUUUAAAUCAACAAGGACGAUUUGCCGAAGAUCGUUCAAAGUUGUACGUUUAUGAGAUAGCAUUGGCGUUGGAUUAUUUACACAGAGAAAUGAUAAUACAUAGAGAUGUGAAACCAGAAAAUAUUUUGUUGGAUGAUGAGGGACAUGCACAUCUUAGUGAUUUCAAUUUCGCUACACAUCUUACUCCCAAUACUUAUGCUACCUCAUUCUCUGGUACACGGCCAUAUAUGGCACCAGAGAUUCUGCUUUGUUCUCUAGGUUACUUAGCUGGCUAUGAUCAUCGUGUUGAUUGGUAUUCUCUUGGUAUUUGUUUUUAUGAAAUGCUCAUGGGACGAAGACCCUUCGAAUAUGCUGUCGAUUCAUCUUCAAGACAGAUGCUUUGCUUGAUGAGCAAAAGCUUAAUAGCGCUGCCGUCUCAGUGGCCUUCAGAUCUAAUUUCUUUCAUUAGUUGCAUGCUCAAGUAUGAAGUUGAAUCUCGAAUUGCUUCAUUUACAGCCUUCUCCCAACAUCGUUAUAUGGAGAGGAUAAAUAUGAACGAUGUUUUCGCCAGGAAAACAGCUCCGGUUUUUAUACCCCAUUCGGAUACAUUAAACUGCGAUCCGACUUAUGAAUUAGGGGUGGGCAUUCUUGAUAUCUCACCAAUGAAUCGCCAGCGCGGUCGCAUGGUUAACUCUAGGGAGGAAAUCGAACAAAAAGUAAACGAAUUUACUGAAGCAUUCGUUUCAUAUAAUCGAGAAUGCCGAAUAAAUGAAAAGGAAGAAAGAAAUCAAUUGAAAGCAUCAUUAUUAUAA